AUGUCUUAAUAGAAUUAGUUUAACUAAAUAGAUGUCGGCACAAUAAUAUCAGCACCUUCAGGAUAGUAUACUAAUAGAUAGUUUAAAUUGUCAAAACUCUUAGGAUAAGGAUCAGAGGGUAGUGUUUAUGAAGCAAUUCCAAUAAAUUGGUGUUUAAAUUAGAAUAAAGUUGCUUUAAAAUUCUCAACUUUUACUAAAGAUUAUGCUAGAUAGUUUUAUAAAAAAAUUAUAGAUUAUUAGAAUACAUAUGAAAAUUAUAAUAGCUCUAAUUAUCAAGCUUCAAACAUUAUAAGAAUUUAUGAUUUUUUUGAUUAUUCUUUUUAUUUCGUUUUAGUAAUGGAAUUAGGAGAUAUUGACCUAUAUAAAUAUAUGGAAUAGAAUAAAAAAACAUUAACAAUUUAGUAAAAGUAUUCAAUUUGUUUAUAAGUAUUAAAUUUAUUUUUAUUAGAUUUUAUAAUCAAUAGUCUUUUUACAUAAAUAAAAACUAGUUCAUAGGGAUAUCAAACCAGAAAAUUAUUUAUUUAUUGACCAAUAAGUUAAAUUAAUUGAUUUUGGAUUAAUUAAGUAAUUCAAUCAAGAUGAAAAACGCAUGACCAAAUCUGUUGGUACAAAACUUUUUCAAGCACCUGAAUUAAUUGAAGGAAAAUCAGAUUAUACAAUGUCUGUUGAUGUUUGGGCCAUGGCUUUUGUGUUUUAUGAAAUUAUUUCAGGAAGUUAACUGAUAGACGGUAUCUUAAUUAUGUAUUAUUUUAUUAGCUAAAACCAUCACAGAAUUAGAAACUUAAGUAAAAUUUCAUAUUACUAAUCAAUCCAAUAUAUAUAAUAAAAUUGAUAGACUUGUGAUUAAUGAUGAAUGGAAACAAACAAUCAAAAACAUGCUUCAUCCUGAUCCUAAUUAUAGAAUAUCUGCAAAUGAUGCAUAAGAAAAAUUAUUAAAAUAGACUAUAGUAAUCAAUCCCAAGUAAAACACAUUCAUUAUUCCAACCUAAUAACAAAUAACAUAAAACUUUGUAAAAUAAACUCCUCUCAACGGGCAAGGCAUCCAAUAAAUUUCCUUAAUAUAAUAAUUAAAUACUUUGCUAAUGCAUUUAUAAUAGCCUGCUAAUAUCAUUUAAUUUUAAUAACAAAAAGAAUAAUCAAUCAAAUUUUUAUCUAAUAUAAAAGAUCAAAUUAUAAAAGUUUAAAAUUAAUUAGAAAAUAACCCUAAUUUUGUAUUAUCAACUAAUAGUUCUGAUUCUAGUCAAGAAACUUAAAAGUAAAAUUAAUAGAUUUGUAAGAAAGAAAUUCCCCCUAGUAUUAAAUAAAAAUUAGAUCAAUAAAGGUAAUUGAUUUAAGAAAUUGAGGAAAAAUCUGUUUCUAGUUAAGAAGAACUUGAUUUAAAUGAGAAUUUUCAGAAAAUCACUACUGAAUUAAAUUACUUAACAUAAAUUACUUAGAAUUUUGAGCUUAAAGAUUAAGAUUAUAAAUUAACUUAAAAAAAAGUUGAUGACUUGAGAUAAAAGUAGAAACUAUUUAUGAAAAAAGAAAUUUUAGAAUAGAAUCUAAAAGAGUUAUAGGAUCAAUGUAAAAAUAGUAAUGAAAUCUAACUUUAGAAAGAUAUUGAAAAUAAUCAAAUUAAGAUUUUAAAAUUAGAAUAGUAAAUAAAUACAAUUAGCUACUUGUAAACUUAGAAAUUAAAAUAGCAAGAAAAAAUUGAAUAGUUAAACUAGGAGAUCAAUAUAUUAUAAAUUCAAGAGUAAGAGGUUAUAAAAUAAAAAGAUGAAAUAUUAGAGUUAAAGGUUAAGCAUGAAUAUCUAAAAUUAAUUUAGAAUGAACUAGAGAAAAAUAAACAAUAUAUAGAUAGUCUCAAUUAGGAAAUUGAAAGAUUAUAAAUUUGUUAAUCCUAAUCUCAAUAAUAAUAGAAAUAAAUUUAAGAACUUGUAAAAGAAUUAAAAUAACUAGAAGAUAUAGAGGCAGAUGUCAAUGAAAAAAAAAAUGAAAUACUUUAAAUGAAAGCUAAACUUAGGGAAUUACCUAUUGAAAGAGAAAAAUAGGCAGUGUAUUCAUAAGAUAUUGAAAAAUUAAAAAAUGAAUUAAAAAACUUUGAAACAAUACAAAACAACAUAUAAUCAUUAAAAUAAUAAAUAAAAUAAUUAAAUUAAUAAAAGAAUUUAAAAUUAGAGAUGCAAGAUGAGGAAACAAAAUUAAAAUAAGAAAAAGAAUAAUAUGAGAAGGAACAAAAAAAAUUUCCAACUAAUACUGUGAGGCCAAGUGGGAGAAAUUUUUGA